ACUGACACAUUAGUCACAGCGGAAUGUGAAAAUGAAAUGUCAAAAUCUACAUGGAAUGUUAUGAAUCUUGGGAGAGGUUGUUUGUUGUCGUUCGUCUUGAGAAAUACAGUAUGAAUGGAAUUUCACUAUCAAGUUAUACCGUUAUAUAUUAGUGACACGCUCUAUGAACUUCGUUUUAGAAAUUUGACUCGUAUCGUUUUCAUUUUAGCUUGGAUUUAAAACUAAGUAGAAAAAUGGACUCAAUUGAAAGCAACUUAAGUUUGUUAUUGGAAGGUUCGGCUUUGCAAGACAGCGAGGAAUUAUGUGACUUUUCAUUGGCGGAUCAAAAUGAAGCGAUAGCUGCAAAGGGUGUUACGCCUUCAACACCUUCUGACUUUGUUCCCGUUACAAAGAGUACAGUAACAUAUAUUGUAAUGGCAGUACUCUACAAUGAAGAUGGUGAAAUUCUCAUGAUGCAAGAAGCAAAAAGCUCGUGUGCUGGACAGUGGUAUUUGCCUGCAGGAAGAAUGGAGCCAGGAGAAGACAUUGAGGAGGCAGUGAAGAGAGAAGUACUGGAGGAGACAGGGUUGACAAUGGAGCCCACAUCCCUGAUUAUGGUGGAAUGUGCCAGCAAAGCUUGGUUCCGUUUUGUGCUCACUGGCCGAAUCACGGGUGGUAUCCUCAAGACUCCGGCCCAAGCUGACUCAGAAUCUUUGCAGGCCAAGUGGGUGAAUGACCCGGAACAGCUAAGUCUACGCUGCAAGGACAUACUUCCUGUUGUAGAGCGAGGCCAUGUGUUCCGUACCAGACCUGAACCACAACAUCCCAAUCUUCUCCCUUCCGUCAGGCCUCAUCACAAACUGCUGUUGCGCUUUGUUAUUCUGGUUCGUCAAAAGAGCAGCAAUCGAGUUCACAUUCUGCUGUCAGAGAAGACUGAAGUACACUUGCCAAUCUGUGAAGUUAAUCACCAUCACAAUUUACAUUCCACCAUCCGAAAAUUCAUGGUUGAAAUAUUUGGUGCAGACGUGCCUCCCCACAAGCCCCACGGAGUGCUGAAUGUUGAACAUUGCGGGAAGCCGGAGGGCUCCAACGAUGGUCUGUGCAUGACAAUACUGAUUGCCUUCCGAGUUCCCCUAGAGGAGGUAUUCCCAAUAGAUAAGUACACUUGGCUCAUGGUUAGUCGAGAGCUAGGUGAUCGUCUGUUGCAACGGGUACCUCGCAAUCUUACUGUUCCUCUCCAUGUCAUCUCUUAGCACUCAAAACCUCAACCUCAUCUCCCUAUCACUCAACUUCCAAUUCCAUGUUUGAAAUAACUAAAAAAAAAACUGUUAAUUCUAUUGUUUGAUCUUCCUGUAUUUGUUUUAUUUGAUUAACUCUAAUCAGUGAAAUUGUAUAUAUUCACAAUACAAUGUUAUGGUGCUAAGAGCACUCAGCAAUGUAAACUUCUUGAAUUGCUAAGUUGGAGAACAAAAUUUGUGAAUGUUAAGUGUCACAAAAUAUUUAUUUCUAAAAAAGAAAAAUUUUUUGCAUAUUCUAUUUAAUUGAGUUUUUUUUAUAAUUGAUGAAGCACUAAAUAAUGUUUAUUAUUUAUUUUGGUUACAACACUGUAAGCUUAUUCUAUAAUACAAAUAUUGUUGUGAGUUAUUUAGCAAUUAGUAAUCUAUUUAAUGUUAGCCUUCGACUUUGCAGUGCAAUCCCUCAGCUUCAAUAUGUGUAUAAAUAUGUUUUCAUUACUACCUUUGAUUUUAGUAACAAUAUUAUUGCUUAAUGUUUCCAAAAUAAAAUUGGAAUAUAUUCUUCAAGCUAUGCUGGCUGUGGAAGGGAAGCAAUAUAAUUUUACAAUUGGCACCGGUAUAGUAUAUUGGACUGAAUUUCAUUUGACUUUUAUUCUUUCAUUUGAUAUCAUAAUAAUAAUAAUUAUUAUUAUACUAUUAAGAAUUUAUCUUAAAAUCUAUCUAAUGUUUUUUUAUUUGUUUACAAAUUUUGAAAUCUAAUAGUAUACAGAAUUAGUUAUCUAGUUUAAUGUAACAUUGUGUAAAAAUUUUUUGAAGAGUGUCUUAUGCAUAAAUACAUGAAUAUUUAUUUUGUAAGAUUGUUUAGGAUAAUGAGAACUAAACAUAGUGCCUUUGGGAUUUUCUCAUACAAAUUUUUGAGUCAUGUAUCAUUGAUAUUGCUUAAAAAGUAUAGCAAUUUAUUUAUCAAAAAUACUUUUAAUCCUGACAGCUCCAAUUAUUUCUGUUCACAAUAAGUUUUAGCACUACAAUGAUGUAACUCUCAUAAUGAAAUAAAACAUUUCAUUUAUCACUGUCAUGUUCACCUAAGUCUGAUAAACUUGAAAUUUAAUCUUUAAUAGAAAUACAUUCAGCUAUACCUUCAUUGAGAAUUUGUUUCCAAUGUGACACUGUAACUUAUAUAUCUAACAGCUGGUGAAAGCUUAAAACAUUGAAUGAUAACAGAAUAAAGACCAUCAGGUUAGAAAGAGAGAAAGGAUUAACAACUUUUCAUGAGCAAUAAUUCUGAAUCCAACAGAUUAUAAUAUUUCAUAAGAGUACAUUAUUAAAUCUAUACUGGUAUAACCGAUUGUCUACAUCAGAAUGCAUUGGUGCACCAAUAAGACUCAAAGGGCUACAAAUAUUUAUCAUUUUGAUUUUUGUCAGUCUGGCCUAAAUUUAAUAUUUUAAUAUUAUUGUUCCUACCUCAUCGAAGACUUUAAAUAUUUAAAUUUCAUCUAUAGUAUUUCAAAUUUUCCUCUUUGGUGUUUUUACACACCCCUCUCCUCCCCCCUGAAAUGUAUCAUAGUUUAGAUGCAGAGGUUCUAUCACUGUGAAAUACAUAAUAACAUGGAUAAAGAUUUUCAUAUAUUUUUCAGAACAUUGUAGUUGUUAUAAAGUAAAGCUUGUAUUUCUUUUAAAGAUUAUUGUUAUUUUGUUUGUUACUUAUUUAUUCUUGUAAUGCAUAUUAGUAGUCUGCUAAUAUGAUAUUUUAGUAUAUUUUACAGUUGGCAGUCACGUCCAUCACUAUUAUUAAGAUAUUUUGUAUUAUUAAAAGAUCUUUAAAUCUAUAUUUACUACCCUCUUUAUCAAAUUACUUAAUUAUAAAGUAUCAACUUGAAAUCCAAAUUCAAUAAAUACAGUAUUAGCCAAAAUAAACAGUACUGAAAUGUUAAUAUUUUAUUAUGGUAAACACAGUAACAUUACAUAUAGAAUUGACCAAUAAAUAUAAGUCAAAAGAAGCAAAAUUGGUUAAACUCUGGUAUUAACAUGUUCAAUAUGACCCCCGUUCAGUUUGAGGCAACACUCGUACCGUUUUUGUAGGUUUUGCAUCAUUUUUAUGAAUAGGGGUUGUUCCAUUCUCCUAAUACACAUGGUUAUUUUUACUUUGAGUUGAACGAUGGUAGAUGGUGGAUCCUCACGGAAAAUGUUUUCUUUCGACAUUCCUCAGACGUAGGCGUCCGGUGUUGUAAGAUCGGGGGAGUGGGCUGGGUAAGGAAAGUUUGUUCUAAGGGAGAUGAGACGGUUGCCAAAGGUUUGUUGGAGGAAAGCAAUGUUGUUAACGGCUGUGUGACUAGUUGCGCCAUCUUACUGGAACCACUGUGAAUUUAACGGCAGGUUUUGUGCACGACAAAAUCUCCUGAGGUCUCUCACAAAACGAUCAAGAAUGGCUCUAUAUCGAUACUGAUUUACAGUAAGUCUCUCCAUUGUUGCCUUCAAGAAUUAUGGGCCACUAUACCCCUCCUAGACACGGCUCACCAAAUAAUUACACGCUUACUAUGCUGUGGCCUCUCUACAAGGUCAGGACGUUCGAAUCCAAGGAAACGUGUUGUCUGCUUGUUUAUGAAACCAUUAAGGUGCACAUGGCAUUAAUCUGUAAACAUACAUCACUCAGAUCAGGUUCUUCAUAGCAUAUUGCUAACAUUGAAACACAGUACUGAACUUUGGCUAGUUUGUUCCUACAGUUCAAAGGUUGUCCAGUUUGUAUCCUGUAGGGAAAACCACCAAUGUUUUUAAACAUUCUUCGCAUUGCCGUAUUGCUAAUAUUCAGUUUAAGAGAAGCUUGCAUUAGGCUUCUUUUCUGUGACCGUAACAUUGCUGCAACACUCUCCCGUAGUUUUGUUCAGGCAGUAGUUGGGUGACCUGAAAAGCCCUUUCGCUGUGUCAAAACAGUACCUGUUCUUUGACAUUUUUCAACAACACUAAGAAUCACAGCAUUACUUGGCGGAUUUUUGUGGAAAUGUUCCUGAAAAUGUAAUGCAGUGUAUGACAAAAUUUGCCCACACGCUCGUCCAACUCCGUAUGAGCGAAAAUAAUGCUCUACGAUAAAAACUUUCUCUACCGUUGUUAGCACCAUGGUAGCAAAGAUUAACCUUAAAUAAGAAAGAAGUAAUGAACACGAAGCCGUGGCAACAAUCGACAAUUGAAUCAGCUGAUUGAGAAGGCAACUACAGCUGAUUCAGUUUCAGUACUGUUUAUUAUGGCUAAUACUGUAAAUAUCUAAUAAAAAGCCACAUUAUGAUUUAUGCUCUGUGAACAAUUGCAAGUUUCCCAGCCCAAGUUAAUGUUUAUAAAUUAUUAAUACACAGCAUUAAUACAAAUGACCAUCAAUUAUACACAUUUUAGGCUAAGUAAUGAAUACCUAGCAGAUAAACUAUAGAAAAAUACUCAUCGCGAGGCAUAAUAGCAUGCUACUGUAAUAACUUAAUAAUAAUAAUAUUUCAAAUGCUGUAUUGUACAUAAGAAUUUAUACAAUAUAUAACAUACAUUGUAUACAAAUCUAUACAUUUAGAUAUAAUGUACUAAUGGUGUUGGAAAAUGCAUCCAAAGUAAAGUCACUGUAACAUUUUGUAAGUAUUUUUUUUAAGUUAUGUAUUAUUAUGAUUUAUAGCAUUAGUUUCUAAUCAAGUGCUCUAUUUAUUUAAGUGUAUUAUAAACUAUUUAAAUUUAUGAAAUUGUAUUUACUUUAUGUACAUGGCUACAUAAUACUGAUACCAAGCAGGUUAACAAUUGGUUUUUAACAGUUUGUAGUGCUGUAUUAUGGAUUUUGUGUCCAACCGAUAUUGGCUUUGAGUGGAUUAAAUAUAAAAUGUUAGAAAGUAUAGCCAAUUGAUACUCUGAGGCUUUUAAGUACUUACUUUUAUAAUUUAUAUAGUAUUCUAUUUUUAUUGGAGCAAAUUUUUUUAGAGCCACCCACAAAAUGUAAACAUUCUCUUAGCCUACCUAAAAGUAGCUUAGAUUGAAAGGACUUCUGAGAUUUAUUUUAUGUAGUCAGUUUAAAUAGAUCAUUCAAGUAAACAAGUGAUUGGAAGAGAGUUUGACAAACUGUAUUUAUUCACUUUUCUCUGUCAAACAAUCAGUAUGUUUCUUUGUUAUGUCCAGGAUCUCCUCAACAUCAGUUUUAGAAGUUUUCAUAUAAAAAUAAUUUUAAAAUGAAUCUGGCAAACUAACUUAUUUUAAAGAAUAGUGUAUAUGCACCCAUAUGUCAUUGUAGUUUUUGUAAAAUUUGUUUAGUUCUAUAUUUGGAAAAUUUAGUAAAAACUACUGAGAAAUUUUCUCAUUGAGUAACUAAUUAACCAUAAUCACAGAAAAGUAAAAAGUUGUUUAUGAGUAGAAGUUGUACCUUUAAAAUGGACAUAUAACAAAAUUCUAAAGGGAAAACAUGAUUUAGGGUUUAAGAUCAUUCUUAACAUACAACACUGAAAAUGGCUACCAAUACAGUUAUGUGCACUCUCCCAUCAUCUCUUUGGAGUGAGGCUUGACCCUCUUCUCUUCUACAUAAAAACACAUAAUGCCAAUUAUUAAGAUGAAAAUAUUGAAAUUAAAAAUACACACAAUCUCUCUUUAUUUCUGAAAUGUCUUACUAAAUAUUAAAAUAAAUAUAAAUAUAUAUUUAUAUAUUGUUAUAAAUAUUUAUGAGUUUAUUGUAUCAUAAUUAAAGUUUUCUUUUAACACUGUGUAUUAUAUUUCUUUUAUUUUAUUCUAAUUCAUAAAAAACUAUAGGCCAACUGGUGAUAAAAAAUUAUUUUUGGAGUCAGUGUAAAAUUACAAGUACUAUUCGGAAAAUAAUCUCAGAAGUAAAUCAAACACGUUUUAUAAUACAUCUUAAAACUCUGUCCUUCCUUUAUUUUUCAACAUAAUUUCCAUAUAAAUUUAAACACUUAUCAUAUAUAUAUAUAUAUAUAUAUAUAUAUAUAUAUAUAUAUAUAUAUAUAUAUACAAACUUACAUUUCUUCUAUAUGAAAAUUGCCACCUGUGCCUUGAGCCAGCCAGAGACUGCAUCUUUGAGUUUCUGCUCAUUGUGUGUAUGACCCCACACCUGAUUGUCCUUUGGUCUCCAUAUUUCAUUGCACGUUACAGUUCUGUUGAAGGAUGAUUGUUCUUGUUUGUAGGGUGUAAGGAAGUGUAAAGCAGAGGAUAUUCUCUAGAUUUGAGAUUUUCUGAUAGAACAUUUAGGAUCUAUUGAGCACAGAACUGUGGUAGCCUAACCCCUCUGCCACUAUCUUCUACAAAACAGUCCUGGAAAAUGUGGAAAUUCAUCACAAAGCUCUAAGAUAAUGGAACAUUUAUUGUAACAAAUACUUACAUGGUUUUUUGUUUUGUUUUUUUAAACGAGUUCAUUGUGGACCACAGAGAGCCUUCCACUUUUCUCCUCAUCAUGAUAUUAUUGUUCCUAUCAUGUUCCUCCUUAUCAUGUUGUUAUUGGCUUUUUUUAAUUACAAUAAUUUCCUAACAACUCUCCACUCGUUACUUUCGGUCCAUAUAUAAAGUUAUCUGUGAGUUGCUGCCUCUGAAAACUAUGACAGCAUGCACCUCACACUUGGCAGAAUUUUGAUAACAAAAUACAUUUCGAAAAGCUACAGAAAACUAACUAAAUCUUAGACAACCUUCUCUGUCUGCAACCAUGACUGGAUAGCAAUUGACGGGGCGUGCUUAUUAACGCAACAAUGGUCAUGCUACCCUCUCCAAUUUCCAUAUAGUGAGCAAACAGAGGUUAUUUUCUGAACUGUUCUCGUUCAUUUGUUCAGUGCUUUUGUAUGGAGCAAAAUCACCCACAUAUAUGCAGUAGAUUAUAGUAUGAUUUAGAGAAUGUUUCACAUCAAUAUGUAAAAUUAAAUGAAGAGUUACUUGUGUUUUGUAAUCUCUGCUAAUUCAUUGAUAAUGUUUGUGUUGUACUCCAGUAAUGUACAUUUCCCAGGGUACAAUAUCUGUUUUAUCUUUAAUGUAAAGGUAAUGUUUUAAUUACAUAGUAAUGUAUGUAUUAUGUCUAUAAGUUCUAGUUUGUAUUAAUGCAAAUUAAUAUUACUUAGCUUCAGUAUUUUAUUUAACUAGUAAUGAAAAUUGUACUUAUUACUUUUUUGUAAAGUACUGUAUGUAUACAACGGCAACAGAUAAAUGUAUGUAAAAUACAACUGCUUUUGUACUUUUUUGUCUAUGUAGGUAUUUGCUCAACAAUGGUAUUGUUAAUUAUAGUAACCAGUCUCUUAGUUAUAUAGUUUGUUCUUCUCUUUAAGUACAAACAAUUUAUAAAUCUUGUCAGUUGAUUUUUGAAGGAAUUUGGUUAACUUAUAAUUUAAUCAAUUUCACCAGUCUCAGUCUUUUAUAGUGUCUGAAAAUAUGAAUCAGUACAUUGUUACUUUGUUGCUGUGCACUUAUAAUAAAUAAACCUUGUAUAAUCAUGUCAAGAGCUGUUAUAGGAUAACAUUAAUUGAUAUGGGACUGGAAACGAUCAGUGCAAGUAUUAAGUUGAUAAGAGGUAUUGUAGUCAUAUUUUACAGUUUACAUUUAAUUAAGUUGGUUUAUACUAGUCCAGUAUUAUAGCUGGUUUAGCAGUAGGAGGUUAAAGGUUGUGUAGGGAAUAAUUGAUUUAUUGUGAAGACAAAAGUAUCAAUUUAGUAUGUAGUUGUUAAUAGUGGUUUGUUGGUUCCCUAGAUUAUACAUUGAUAUCUUCAUUGCAUCUCAUCCUAAUACAUUAAUGUAAUGCACUGUUAUAAGCUAAAAAUCUAAACAUUGUGCAUCUUUUAUAUAUUUGAAUAUAUAGCAUUAACAUGUUCAUUGCAGUAGAUGCCCUAGUGCGCUUGCUGUCUAAUUAGAAAAUUUAUCACUCAAGAUAGAGCUGCAGUGAAGGCGUGUUAAUUUCAUGUUAAUGUCUGCUUAGUUUCAAUUUGGUAGCCAAAACAAUUAUAUAAACAUACAACAUUUUACUUUUAUAUAGUGAGAAGAAAUCAGUAUGUAUGGAGUUGUAAAAAAGUAUUAUAUUAUUACUAUUUAAAUGAUAUUUCAAUAAUUGUUAUAGUUACAUUAUAAUCUCCUUAUGGAUUGCAGUGCAAUACGCAAUUAAUAUCCUUACUAGGGUGGUUCUCUGAUAAUGUUUAAAUUUAAUGUAUUCACUUACAUUCAUAUAGUCUAAUUACAUACAUUAACAAAAUACAUUGUCUAGAUGGAAAGAAACAGAUUUUUUUUAAAUUUAUUUAAUACAAAUUUAAGCAUUGGAAAUGAAGUUCUGCGUCAUGUUGCUGGUACACCAUGGCACGCUUGGUUUUCAACACAAUUGAGUAGUAACAGUUGUUAUAAUAAAUAACAAUAUAACUCCGAUAACUUGUUAUUAAAAUAUUUCGAUUUUAUUUGCUCAAACAAUAAAAUGUAAUUUUCUACUUACCUUGUAAAAGACCCAUUAAAAAGACUUCCUGUCCUUUGGAGUUUGUGCAGUGUGAACUGCAAUCAUUAUAAUUUGUCAUAACUCAGUACAUUAAGCAUAUGCUUUUUAUUUCAAUCCCAAGUUUUUCAAUUCAUCAUUCCUUAAGCAAAAAGUGUGAUUAAUUAUUGUGUUAAAAUAUAAAAUAAUACUCACUCUUAUAAUAUCUUUUUAUGAAGUCAAUUUUAACAAUAUUAUACAUAAAAAUACUAAUAAAUCUUUCUUAAAUUAAAGAAAUCAUUCCUCUUGUACCCUACAUUAUAUUGAAGGGGUAAUAAAAUGAAAAUGUAGCUUUUUAAGUUGUCCCCUCUCUUUGAGCUUAUAUAUUAUAUAUAACUAAUAUACUAAUACUUUUGUCCAAAAUUUUAGUGAUAUCACGUAAAGGUUUUUCCCAGACAGUUUUGAGAUUGGCGUGUGAUUGCACAGCAAUCUUACAAUCUAAUCAUGAACUGCUUAACUAUUGUCAGAUUAAGAUUUUAAUGGUCUGUUUUUGGUUAAAAUGUCACUUCAAUUACACAAUAUCUCUGAAUAUCCCUUUCCUUUGGGAUUUCUAAGUAAUUGAGCAUUUCGUGUAUGAUUUCUAUAAAAAUUUAUCUAGCAGUAAGAAAGUAUAUCAAGUGAUAGUCGUCCUUAACAGUAAAAGAAUUGCCAGGUAAUUAAAGUGAUGUAGGGCCUAACCACAAAUAGUGAUCCUCACCCUACAGAUGUUAAGAGUUAUGAAUGUGUACUUUGUUAAAACACAAAACCAUUAAGCGUACUGUUAUAUAUACAUCAUUAAAUGUAAUAAUUAGAAACUUGUAUUAUAAACACAUUAAAUGUAAAUUUAUUUAUUACACAACUAAUUAUAUGGUGAAUUUCAGUUUUAAACUGAAAAUUUACUAACAUAAAUAUGAGUUGAGAUGGGUAACUGGUAUUUAAAAAAUCGAUUAUAAAAAAGUCAUUUUACCUGUUGAUAGAUAGUCUGUUUUGCCGUUUGAUAAAAAUGCUAAAUUUUUUGAGAAUCAACCUAUUAAUUUUAGAAAAGAUAUUAGUUACAAAUUCAUGUUUUUCUAUUAUAUUAAUUAAAAAUUGUAAAAAAAGCAGCCAAAGCAUUAUAUAUUAUUGUUUGUCUAUAUUUUUACUACAUAUACCAAUCCAUGUUAAUAUUCAAUGUGUUACGCAUAACAGUAAAAUGUUUUACAAAAAAAUUGUUCUAUUUAAAAUUUCAGUUUUUAUAAAGAUAUAAUAAUUUUUUUAUGUAGAGGUGUGCCAGGCUGUUCUGGGUCUGGAAUGGUUCCAAACGGAACAUUGCGAGUUCAGAAUUAGUUCCACGAGACAGUUCCAGGCGUUCCAUUCCAACAGGUUCUUGCCUACAUUAUUCCUGGCUAAUUUCAUUCUGGAACGGUAUAUUACAUGCUACAUUCCAGAACACUUUGAUUAUUAUAUUUUAAUCGCCGUAAACUAGAUUGAACUGAAACAUUUAGCAGUCUAGUCAUUCCGCAAAAGUCAGAAUGCCUGAAACUUCUUGGAACAUUUAGUAAACAAUUCAAACAGAACAUAGAGAUCAGAAGAAGUAAACUGUUCUGACAAGUCUUUGGAACAAAUUUUGCAGCAACCUUGUGCAUGGCCAAAUCUUAUGUUAAAAUUAAAUAAAGUAAACCACUACUGGUGCUUAUCUGUCUUAAAAUAAUUCAAGGGCAUUAAUAUGUCAAUGAAACAUGUACCUGAUCAAUAACUUCAUUUUAACUUUUUGCUGGUCUUUCAGAAAUAAGUUAACUGCCCACUGAAGAGCAGCUGCCCUCAUACUUGUUUCAUUACUCUUUUAUCUUUUUCACACUCAAAGCAUCUUCUCUGAAGGCAUGUAGAAUUUUUCAAAUGGUUCUUUUAUAUAAUCUGAAGCAAUAUUGCUGUUUUACAUGUUACGUCAUACUGCACAAAACACAGAGAUAAAUUUUCCCUCUCGACCAUUUGGAAUGGUGCAAUGUUUACCACCAUAUGGUUUAUAUCAUAAACCUCGGACCGAGUUUAUUUUGCAUUUGUUUGGAAAUUGGAUUGACAUUUUUUGCAAAACAUAUUGUUGCGUCUCUCACAGUUCUCAACACACUGAACUAAUUCCGAUCUCUUAGCGGAGAGGAGGAAUCAGGCUACACAGCAAUGUAGUCAACAUGUAAAAAAAAUCCCUCUGGUCGUGAGAGCCUCAGUUCACUUACUUUCUGGAUGUGCCUCGCAGUUGCAGCAUUUGAAAAUAUAAAUUAUAAUAUAAACUAUGAUACCCAUUUUUAAAUGUUAAAAUUAUAUAAAAAAUUUGGUUUAAUUUGUAAAUACUGAAUCUUAAAUGAGUUCUAUAUUUAUUUUAUUUUUUAUACUUUAAAUUAAAUUUAACAGUUUAAUAUAGUAAGACUUAAAUAAUAAAUGAAUUGAUUGUUGUAAAAAAGCAUUAUGACUAUUAUUUAUGUGGCAUACAGCUACUUAUAAAUUUAUGUCUCACAUAAUAAUAUUAAAGAUGAAAAAGUGAUUGUGUACAUCUAAAAUGAGUAUGGUUUUAAUAUAAUAAUAAAACCAUUUAUUACAAAUGAAAUUUGAACUCUCUUGAAUCAAAAGUAAUGUUUCCAAACAAAUGUAUCAAAUACACAACUAAAUAAUAAUACAAAUUAAAUUAAGUUUCAUUCAAAUUUCAGCAUUCAAAAUUAUUAACGUGUUGUUAAUUUGGUUAUCAGGAGGGGGGUGGGGCUAUGUGUAACUGUGCUGAAACACUGCAUCUCAAAAAUGGUUCAUGAAAAUGAAAUUAACUGACAAAAAAGAAUAGCAAAGACAAAACUAAAGCAAGUCCCUGUUUUUGUCAAGCAAGUUUGUCAUACUGUUUCUGUAUAAAUUUGGUUUAUGUUUAAACUCACAUUCACUCGGAGUAAAUCUAACAGUGAACACUGCCUAUUGUACAGGACACUUCUCUCUAUUACAGAAAUUAUAACCCCCCCCCCC